AUGUAUAACUUGAGCUGUUACAAUCCCACUUCCUUCAUUCUGGUUGGAAUACCUGGCCUGGAAAAGUACCACAUCUGGAUUGGGAUUCCCUUUUGUAUCAUCUACAUUGUGGCAACUGUGGGAAACUGCAUCCUCCUCUACCUCAUCGCAGUUGAGCAGAGCCUCCAUGAGCCCAUGUUUUUCUUCCUCUCUAUGCUGGCCAGCACAGAUCUCAUCUUGUGCACUACUACAGUGCCCAAAUUACUUGGUAACCUCUGGUUUGGCUCCCAAGAAAUAACCUUCUCUGGUUGCCUGACUCAGAUGUUUUUCCUCCAUUUCAGCUUUGUUGUGGACUCAGCUAUCCUGUUGGCAAUGGCGUUUGAUCGCUAUGUGGCCAUCUGUUUCCCCCUGAGAUACAACAGCAUCCUGACUCCACAGGUGAUCAUCAAGCUAAUGGUGAGCAUUGUUGCGAGGAGCUUCUGGGUCAUCCUACCUGAUGUUUUUCUGCUGAAACGGUUACCAUUUUGCAGCACACGCAUCAUCCCACACACAUACUGUGAGCAUAUAGGUGUUGCUCGACUUUCAUCUGCUGACAUCUCCAUCAACAUUUGGUAUGGAUUUUCUGUACCUCUCAUGACUGUCAUCUCGGAUGUCAUCUUCAUCUCCGUUUCCUAUAUCUUCAUUCUCCAUGCUGUCUUUCAGCUCUCAUCCCAGGGUGCCCGACAAAAGGCCCUGAACACCUGCGGCUCCCAUGUCUGUGUUAUCCUCAUGUUUUACACACCCGCCUUCUUCUCCAUCCUUGCUCAUCGCUUUGGGCAUGGUGUCCCUCGAAAUGUUCUCAUCCUGUUUGCCAACUUCUAUGUAGCUAUCCCUCCCGCUCUGAAUCCUGUUGUUUAUGGAGUGAAGACCAAGCAGAUCCAAGACAAAUUUAUUCUUCUCUUCUUUUUGAAGAAGACACAAUGA